GUGUAUAUAAAUAUCAAUAUAAGUAGAAGUUGUAGUCAUUUGAAUAACGACAGUGAAUUUUGUGUUAUUCGAAACAAAAUAAUUAUUAUUUAAAUUCGAGUGCAUGCUAAAAUAGAUAUGUAUGAAAAAAUAUAUACGUAUAUAAUGUGUAUGUGAGAUUGUCAGAAUUACGUUCACUAAUUAAAAAUGACAGAGGCACCGGCGUGGAAUUCCAAGAAAGAUGAGAGCAUCUACAAAGCUGCAGGUGCCAUGCACUUGCGAAAGUAUGGAGAGUUUUUUGAAAAUCUGAUGGAAAAAUCCUGGAAUGGUGAUUCUAUGCUGGAGUAUGUUAUAGAAGGUCCUUUGCGUCUGAUUUACAAGGCACAGGAGAAUAUUAGCAUCCUUUCCCUAGUGGAGAUGGAAAACAAGGCACUGGCCAAGCUGCUGGCAGCUGUGGCAGGAACGUGCAGGGAAAUCAGGCUGCUGAAGGUGGAAGCUUCUGGUUUCUAUGCAAAACUUUUUAUGCAUGGAGAGAGAUGCGCAGAUGAUGAUUUCAUUAGUGUGACUAAAUUGCUGUCCGAUCUACAAGAUCUGUCCAUAUUUGCCAAUCGGAUGUCAAAUGUUGUGCAUUUGACUACGCAACAAUUGGCAAGUUUAUCGGGCGCCGUUCAUGAGAUCUAUUUACCUACCCUGAUAGAAGGAUUCAUAGAUCUAUUUGUCAUUUUUAUGACUCUUGACGAGAUCAUUGAUGCUCAACCAACAAUAGUGGAUCAGUGGAAGAAGUACAGAAUGCAUGUGCGAUCCAUGAUGCACAAUCCAUCGCAAUUCGGCGUCGCCGAGGCGAAACUAGAGACAUUUGAUCAGCUGCUCAAGAAUUUGCAAGAGAAGUUGUUACGAAAAAAUAUGUUUUUAAAGGCAAUCGAUCAUGUGAUGAAUGUUAAUAAAGGUAUGGUUAUGAGCGAGCAAAUUAUCAGCUAUUUGAAGAACAUUAUUACAGAUGUGGAAACUAAAUCCAACGACCAAGCUGCAUUGAACAAAAACUGGAUAAGAGCCAAUAUAGGCAUUGCAGUGGUGAUAAAGCUGUUUGGCGCUUGUGACAAGAGAUUGAUCAAGAGAUUGCUGGAGGCAAACAAGAGAUUCUACGCAGUCACAUUGGUAGGAAAUGUGAUUUGGGUACCUAGCAGAUUCCUCAGCAAUAUUGUGCCAAAAGAAACCGGCACCGCCGUGAGCCUACAAAUAGGCGAAAAGAUUCUACAAAUGAGGACGCAAAGAUUGCCGACUGUAGUGAACAAUCUAAUACACCGAACAACGACCUGGUGCGUGGAGAUGCAGAGUAUCCUAACAAGGAUACAUCUUCAGGUAUCGGAUAUCGGGCAGAAACGUACGCUGCUAACGGAUUUGCUAGCUCUCUUGUCCCAGAUGCGAGAGACAGUCGCGUUCAUAACGAAUCUUCACGCUUUGCUCUCGAAGCUCAUGAGUCGCAACACGGUACAACUGAUCUACAGAAUCGUGGAAUUGCAAAAGUCUUUACAGACAACGUUUUAUGCGCUCGGACCGAUCGUGGUGCAAUCACAGGCGCAGGUGCUGCAGUAUUUAGCUUAUUAUAUGCUAGCUAUGCUGGAGACGGCGCGUAAGGGUCUCGUUCAGAAAGAUAAAAGCUAUAGCAGAGAACGACUAGACGCAUUAUCGCUAAUAGGGCUUAGUAUGCGGUUGAUAAGCGGUCCGGCGAGCGCAGACAGGCGAUUGCUAGUGCGCUGCACAUUGGCAUGUGCCAGCCAGCUGACCGACACCUUCCGCGAAGAGGACGUGGUAAAGUUGCGGUUCUUGUUAGAUAGUUACGAUGCCGUGGCCGAGCUGCACGAGUUAGUCGACGAUCUUUGCGACUACUCAUUAUUGUUGCAUCAUCAAAAUAUGCUACCCGCCUACCUCUCCUCAGUCAUCGACAGCAACAUCGGUGUCUGCCACAUUGCUCACCUGUUCGCUGCCUUCAACAGCGCUGUGGGCGAGCAGGAAUCGAUUGAGUUGAGAGAAAAACAUAUCGCGGACCUCAGAGAGAGCUUUGUGAAAAACGUGCUGAAGCCGGCUUGCCAUGAAAUCGAGACCAGUCUACGACUGCAUGUGCACGCCCAUCUCAAAUUAGACUCUGCAAAUCCCUUCAACAUCGGCGCCAAGGACAGCGGCAGAGUGGUGCGCGUUCCGCCGCUGCCUUUGGCUGAAAAUAUGAUCUGCACCAAGAGAUUCGUUGAGCAUUAUCUGGAUGAUAUGUUCUACAAUCUGACAACAGUGGCUCUGCAUGAUUGGAGAACUUACCGGAUGAUGCAUACGUUAGCCAGCUAUAAGAUGGGACUGGACACGGUACAAGACCAUCUGCCGACGCAGACUCUCGAGCAAGGUCUAGACGCUCUGGAGAUCAUGCGUAACAUACACGUAUUUGUUUCCAGGUAUCUGUAUAACUUGAACACGCAGACGUUUGUAGAGCACAGUAGUGGUAACAAGCAUCUCAACACUAUUGGCAUUCGACAUAUCGCCAAUUCGAUUCGCACCCACGGCACCGGUAUCAUGAGUACUACUGUGAAUUUUGUCUAUCAAUUCCUGCGCGUUAAGCUGCAUACAUUCUCACAAUUCCUCUUCGAUGAGCAUAUUAAGUCGCGACUAAUGCGUGACAUCAGGUUUGUCCGAGCGCAACGGGAAGCGGGUGCCAUUCCGUAUACAUAUGAGCGAGCGGAGAAAUUCCAGAAGGGUAUCCGGAAACUGGGCAUGACCGCGGACGGAUUAAGCUAUUUAGACCAGUUUCGGCAGUUGAUCACACAAAUUGGCAAUGCGCUCGGCUACGUGCGGCUAAUCCGUUCCGGUGGUCUCCAUGCUAGCUCCAAUGCGGUAUCCUUUCUACCAGAUAUUGAGAAGACAGUGCCGUUUGAAGUGCUCUGUCGUGGACUGAAUUACAGUGUCGAAACGCAGGCAGCGGCCAGACGGUUGGAGGACGACAUUGCCGAUCUUGUCCGUAACUUCACCGAGGGUAUCCAAUACUUCAAGCUACUAGUGGACGUGUUCACGUCAGCAUUUCGCGAUGCCAAGUCUUACCAUCUGCAACAGUUCUAUGCUAUCGUACCGCCAUUGACGCUCAGUUUUGUAGAUAAUUCCGUAUCGAAUAAAGAGAAGAUGUUUAAAAAAAACCAAACUGGCGCGGCCUUUACCGACGAUGGCUUUGCCAUGGGUAUCGCCUACAUCAACGCACUGCUCGAUCAGAAUGCAGAGUUGGAUAGUCUGCAUUGGUUUAAGACAGUGGAACAGCAUAUCGCCCAGGAAAAGCUGGCCGCCGAAGGCAAAGACGAUCACGGUGAUGAAAAGCUCCAGCAAACCAGAGCGCUUACUCUUCAACGUCUCGCUGAGAGGAAUGCCGAAUUUCAGUUAUUAUACUAUAGUCUUUCUGGUGCUAGAGUGUUUUUCAAACAGCCUGACACGUAAUACGAGACAACUGAUAUUAUUUUAGUAUGUCAAUAUUGAAUUCUAUGUUCUUGGACCUGAGUUGAUUUCUUGAUCGUUAAGAGAGAAAUAAACAUAAAUCAUAAACAAUUAUAAAAAGAUAAAUAAGCAUUUAAAUUUACUAUUUCUUAAUUUUAUUCCUAAUUUUAAGUUUAAACAGAAUUUGAAGUAAAUAUAAUGCAGUCUAGCGCCUCUUUUGAUUUUAUAUAUAUACAUAUAUAUAUAUAUAUAUAUAUAUAUAUAAUCAUAGAGCACAGGUUAUUGUAAAUGACUUAGAUUCUUUACAACCACUUUUAUAAAUAUUUUCUACAUUCACAAUAUCUUUAUGAUAUUAGAUUCUCGUUAAAUAAAUAAUGGCUAGACUGAGCGACUAGGAUUUAUUAUGCCUAAAAAAGGUGCAAUUACUAUUUGCAAUAGCAAAUAGAAUCGAAAGAGUAAGUGAAUGAAGGCAUUUGUGUGAUUGUUUAAGCUUUAAAUUUAAUCAAAUUCAUGAGUAAUUACUCAUCGCAAUAGUGUGUAUGUGUAAUAUGUAAUUUGUGAAAAAAAUUAUAUUAAAAGUGAUACAAAAUAUAAUUACUAUUUAAUAAAUUAUUUAUAGUAAUAUUUCUGAGAAUGUGAUGUAAACCUUCAUCCACUACUUUCAAUAAAUCUAUUGGUUCACCUGAUUAAAUUUCUACUUUCCUGACAAUUGAAUUUUUCGAAGGAAUUGUCACAAUCUGGAUCUCGACAUUGUGUUUUCUAAGUUUUUAACAAACUAUUCUGUAAUAACAUUAACGCACUGGCGUAUGCGAUAAACAUAGACAUAUAUACACAAUAUAAUUAACUACUUUCAUAGCUGCAUGUGCCAAAAGCAAUUGCAUUGUGUGCUAUGCAUACAAUAAGAAUCUGAUCUCUUGUCUUAAUUAUCAUUUAAAACAUCUUUCAAAACAAUCGUUCUUAAAUAAAAUUAAAUAUUUUUCCAAUAUCAGCAAUAAUCUUUUAAAGAUUAUCGCUCAAUAAAUUUCUGUAAAAUUUUCUUGUGCUAAUCUUCAGACGAUUAUGUGCGAUUAAUGUACAAUAAUACACAUAACCGCAAGCAACAUGUAUCACAACAAAAUAUAAAAUCUAUUAACAUAAAAUUUGCGUCACAAUAUCGCAAUAAAAUAUCACAUUGAAUUUAUCAGAAAAACAAAUCUAUAUCCUUAUUAGGAAAUAUAUUAAUAUUAAGUAAUAUAUAUUA